CAAGGGGCCGCUUCAAGGAGGUGAGGCGGGAGGAGUGGCAGCCGCGGCACUGUGAGCAGGCGCCAAACUGACGGGACGGACGGCGCGGCGGUGGCGCAAGCUGGUCUAAAGAAAGCCCCUUUUGCUGAAGGAACACAUUUGCUGGUAUAGUUUCAUAAUGUCAAGUACUUUGCCCUUCUGGAUCUUAAAAAAUUCUGCAAGGAACAGCAUUGCCACGUUACAGGGAGGCAGACGUUUAUAUUCAAGGUGUGCCUCAAAUAGAAAUAAAGCAAGAUGGAGACUCUUUUCCCAGGUACCAGGCACCGGAAAAGUCAGUGUCCCGUGCAGUGACGUUGCUCUGCAGAAAGCCUACAGACACACAUCAACAGAGGAAGAUGAUUUUCAGUUGCAGCUCAGCCCUCAGCAGGUAAAUGAAGUGCUGCGAGCCGGCGAGUCGGCCCACAAGACUCUUGACCUCGUCAGUGGAGUCCCAAAUUCAGUGUUACGGUUUGAGAGCAACCAGCUGGCUGCCAAUUCCCCAGUGGAAGACCGGCGAGGUAUCGCCUCCUGCCUACAGACCAACGGGCUGAUGUUUGGCAUCUUUGACGGACACGGUGGCCAUGCAUGUGCUCAAGCAGUGAGCGAGAGGCUCUUCUACUACGUGGCCGUGUCACUGAUGUCCCAGCAGACCCUGGAGCAGAUGGAGGGAGCCAUGGAAAGCAUGAAGCCUCUGCUGCCUAUCCUGCAUUGGCUCAAGCACCCAGGGGACAGUAUCUACAAGGAUGUCACGUCAGUGCACCUUGAUCACCUCCGCGUCUACUGGCAGGAGCUGCUUGACCUGCACAUGGAAAUGGGACUCAACAUUAAGGAAGCAUUAAUGCACUCCUUCCAGAGACUGGAUUCUGACAUCUCGCUGGAAGUCCAGGCCCCCCUGGAAGAUGAGAUGACAAGGAACCUUUCACUCCAGGUUGCCUUCUCCGGGGCAACAGCUUGCAUGGCCCAUGUGGAUGGAGUUCACUUGCAUGUGGCAAACGCUGGUGACUGUCGAGCCAUCCUUGGGGUCCAGGAAGACAAUGGCAUGUGGUCUUGUCUGCCUCUCACCUGCGACCACAAUGCCUGGAACCCGGCUGAGCUGGCACGGCUGAAGAGGGAGCACCCUGAAUCAGAGGAUAGGACGGUCAUCGUGGACCACAGGCUGCUGGGCGUCCUCAUGCCCUGCAGGGCCUUUGGGGACGUGCAGCUGAAGUGGAGUAAAGACCUGCAGCACAGCGUCCUGGAGAGGGGCUUUGACACCGAGGCCCUCAACAUUUACCAGUUCACCCCCCCACACUACUAUACUCCACCCUACCUGACUGCCGAGCCUGAGGUCACCUACCACCGGCUGAGGCCCCAGGAUAAGUUCCUCGUGCUGGCCUCGGACGGCCUGUGGGACGUGCUGGGCAACGAGGAAGUGGUGAGGCUGGUGGUGGAGCACCUGGCCGAAGUGGGUCGGCACAAGCCAGACCUGGCCCAGAGACCUUCCAAGCUGGGGCUCAUGCAGAGCCUGCUGCUGCAGCGCAAAGACCAGGGGCGCCACGCAGCCGACCAAAACGCAGCCACGCGUCUCAUCAGACACGCCAUAGGGACCAAUGAGUAUGGAGAGAUGGAGCCGGAGCGGCUAACGGCGAUGCUGACGUUGCCAGAGGACUUGGCGAGGAUGUACAGGGAUGACAUCACUGUCACGGUGGCGUAUUUUAACGCAGACUCGAUAGAUGCAUAUUACAAGGGGGGCUGAGAGGCUCGCGUAUGGCCAAGGUCAACUUAAAUGCUUUGCUAAGACAUGUUCCCGUGGUCUUAAGCUGCCUCUUCAGACAGUAAGGCCAGCGGAUGUAGCUUGCUUAAUCACAGACUGACAUGAGGAAAAAAACAGCGUUGGUUUAAAAGCAGUGGCAUGAUUUCAUGUCCCCAUGUGUUUGGUCACCUUUUCUACGUAGAGCGGGCAGAGCAUUGAGAGCACAUAGGCUUGGGCCCAGAGCCAAAGUCCUUUUAUAAAGACACUGUUGUUAGACUGUCAGCCUGAGCCUUCAAAGGGUAAAUUUAAUUAUCGUUCUUAGAAUAUGAAGAACUUCAGGAUUUUCUGAGGUUGUGCCGCAAAAUCGGCAGACUUGGCGGUUUUUCCUGAUUCACAAUCAUGGACGUCUAGACUAUGAAGGGAGGUUUUAUUUUUUAUUUUUAAAUUACUAAGACCUGGGUUUACAAAACAUAUUCUAGGACACUUUUCUAUGCAAUAUUUUAACUUUUUUGUGUGAUUAUACUUGUGAAAGCACUUUGUGAUGCUGCGUCCUCGUUGUGUUUUAGUUUGCUCUAAAACUGAGCCCUCAAACUUGCAAACAGACCUGCUGUAAGCAUGCUUGGAAUGACUCAUCUUGAUUUUCAGCUGAGGGGGUGGGGGGGGGUGGCUAGGCCUCUGGACCAGCUGAACUCACUUGUGCGGCUUGUGAUCCCUUCUGCUGUGUCCCGCCCCUUAAACCUUGAGCCAUACGCGGAGGUAACUUCUGUCUCAGCUUUAAUUCCUGGCUUUCCCUGCAUUAAUAAAACACCCUGCAGAGCUUAGCCUCUGUGUGGGUUAUUUAGAGCCCUUAGCCUUUCUGAUUAUACCUCUCAAACGUUCUUCUGUGAAUUCCACCUAAUCCUCCUACCCGUGCUUUGCUGCUGCUGACUGCGCAGUGCUGUCCGGGAGGAAGACUCCCUCUUCAGAGAGUUGCAGGGAAGGAGAAAGUGCGAUUACGGAGGAUGAUUGUUGUGACAGGAGACAGGACUGGCUGAUGCCGUGGCUUGUGGACUUAAGUAAGACUCCGCCUGAACCUGGACAGGUGAAAACACGAAGGACUGAGAAGUCGCUGACCAGGGCUGCCUGCAUCCAGAGAGGCAGCGGGGAAGAGGGAGGAGUGAGAUUUGUCAGACGGGACACUUGCCGCGAGACUGUGGGCUGAGCCGCCGUGGCUACUCCGCAGGGACCAGACCGUAUUUAGUAGAGGAGUCGGGGCAAAAAUAAAAAUGUGACCCGUAAUGGCUUCUGUGGGCAGCACAGUCUUUGUGUUGAUUUCAAAUUAAACCACGUGUCUCCUUUCUUGGGGAACAGAUUUCAUGUUCUCGUGAAUUGCGGUGGCAUUUAAACAACAGGAAAUGUGUCCCUAAACAGAAACACAAAUAUAAUCCCACAAAGCUGACAGUUCUGUCUUCCUGCACUACGUCGAGUGAUCCUCUCCUCAUCUCCACCUUGUGCCAUCCACUGAAAUAAACGAGAGUUUGACUUUUCAUGUCCCCGUGACAUUCAUUCACGUGUUGGGGGACUUCUAGCUGGGGGACAUUCCCCUGUCCGUUUUCCAGUGUAACUGUUCAGUGAUAGGGGCUUCGUCUCUAGUGCUUCAGCCUCGGUCCUUUUAUUCUGAAACCAUUAGUGUUCCUUUUGAUCUCCUAGGUUGAGAAAUGAAACGUGCAUCACCACUGUUGGGCUUGCAUGAAGGUUUGUUGCUAGAGCUGAAGACUGCCGGUCUGACAUCCUUUGUUCUUGAUGCCAGCUAAACCCUGGUGCACCUCGGAGCAUUACAGACUGUCUGAAUCCUGUUUGAGAGCCUCGCUCUCGUGGGUCAUAAAAUGCAUCUGAUUCAGUAACUCGGGGGACAGCUGAGAGGAUACAGACUUCCCGCCUGCUUCUCCAAGCAUAUCUGUGUUCUCUCCCUGCCUCAUAUAUUGCCUGCUUUCUAACUGCUAUAUCGAGAUGAAAGAAAGCCCGGUUUAUUGUCUGCCUUUUUCCACUGUGAGCUCUCUCAGCUCUUUCCCUGAAUGCUCCAAGGAGAGUGUCCUGGUUAAGCCCCAGCAUGUCUGUCUCCCAGACCACCCUUCUGGUGUCAUUGGCCUUUCUGAGACACACGGGCUAUUGCUUGAGGGCACUGGGAUUUGAGAGGGGGUUGGUGGCACUUGUCGGUCUUCCAAAGCAUUGAUCAUUUCUUUAUGUAAAGCUUUCAAUUUUGAGACAUCUAAAACUAACUAAAAAAUAACAUUGACCAUUUAAUAUUUUGGAUAUAACUUGAAUAAAGUAUGCCUUGUUUCUUUAAAUUGCGUAUUAGUGUAGGUAAGAAACUGGUAAUAUUGGCAUAAUUUAGAUAUUGAUUUAUGUAUAAAGAAUACAGCUCUGCUGAUUCUGGGGAUUGGUCAAAAUAAGGAAGAUGGUGUAGUUCUAAAUUCAAAUCAGUAUGCCAGGUCGAGUUACUUAGAUUCAGUUUUCUGAAGGAUUGUUUGUAACAUUAAGGCUAAUUUGUUAUUUUUUAAAAAAGCUGAUUUGUUAUAGUGAAAAUGUGAAUUUUGAGGUAUGUUAAUAUAUAAUCAUGGUUUUCCCAGAAGUGUGAUUGGCCUAAAAGAUCGUUCGUAUCGGACACACUGGGUAAAAGUUAGGUUAGACGCAGUUGAGCUGUGGCACCUUUUGUAUAUAAGUGAAAUACAAACAGUUUGAACUUGAGUCAGCGAAAGAAGAGAAUAAUGAAUUGUUGGGAACAAGAAAAUGUGUUCAGAAGGAGUCUGGCUUGACUCUUAGGUCCAUCAGUUCCUGGUAACCUAUCUUCAUUUGACAGCUCUUGGGAGGCCUCUACUUCCCAGAUUAAACCAGAGGAUCCUGGAACUGAGCCAUCCUAGUUUCAUCUUAAAGUGGUGCAUUUGUCUCUGAACAUGACUCCUUCCCCUGGCAGAAAAAUCCCCAGUGUAGCUUUGGAGCUGGGGUAUAAAAGCUGGCAGUACUGUCCUCAUACGAACUGCCUCGCAUAUCACUGAGAGGGAACACGGGUGGCCGAGCAGGCUGAGGCUCUGUCCCUUAUGCCUGGGGCACCUGAUGUGUAACUUGCUUCCUGGAAAAUAAUUCUUAUCAAGCAUUGACUUAGAAAAAUGAUUAACCCUGUUCUUUAAUAUUUACUGACAUUUGUAUUUUAAGCUGUAUAGCAAUGUUCUUAUUUGACAUUGAUUUUCUAACUCUUAGAGAUAUUUAAAUGAAACUUGUAAAUAAAGGAGGCAAAAUGAAA